GAACCUUCCUUAACCCCGCCCCAAUCCAAAGAGACUGACGCGUGAGUGGUUGCGUUGGAAAGGCGCAUGUUGAAGUUAGCUGUUAAGCGGUGUGUGUGAUGUGAAAGGCUUAGUUGACUACCUUGACCACAGCCAUGGCUCUCAAGGUGUUACAGAGAACUCAGCUGCUGGGUUUGUUGCGGCCUCCCCUCCUCUCCUCUACACGCUCGCUGAGUGUGUGUGCACUUCAGGAGCAUACGUGUGUGGUGUGUUUGUGGACAUCCUCCAGCCGCUGCUCCUUACGGCAUGGUUGUCGUCGGACCCGUUGGUCGCUGCCCUCACCAUCACCGUUGCAAGGGAGGUUGGGUGUUUGCUCCAUGACGACCCGUGACCCGUUGCUGAGUGUGGCUGGAGCGGUGCGUCUGCAUCGGGACUCUCCUCCUGAUGGCGGAGUGCGUCUGUCCCUGGCGGGAGCGACAUUGGGCUCGAGGGAAGAGGAGAAAGCCGUGCUGGAGCAAGUGUCCUCCUGUGGCUCCUCUCAGCAGCUGCUGCGCUUCUUGCGCUCCUCACUGCUCCUCUCUGACAGCGUGGCUGCCGCCGCCCUCCACCGGCUGGCCGACCUACAGCAGGACGGGGCGGGUGGACUGCGGGACCCUGCGGUGCUGUCGGAUGCAGCAUUACGGGGGCUUUGCCAGCGUCUGGAGCAGGACAGCAGCCGCUUGGGCGACUCGGCACUGGUGUCAACCCUCCUGGCCUGCACACGCCUCUACCUGGAGCCCUGGAGCCGGCUGUUGGUGCGGCUGGUGUCUGAGAUCCAGGAGCGUCUGGACGAGGAGAGGCUUGGCCUGGCAGAACUGUGCACCCUGGCCCGAGCUCUGCUGGCCCUGGAGGGGCCCGACUGCACCAUGCUGGGACAGGCCCUGGAGCAGCUCCAGCGCAGCAAGCCAGCCCAGUGGAGCCAGGAUGAGCUGGUGGCUGUGUAUGGCGCUUUGGGCGCGGGUGUAGCUGAGGGCGGGCGCUACCAGGACCUGCUGAAUGCCAUGCACACCCACACACUGUCUGUGGCAGGACGCUUGAAGCCGAUGGCAGUGAGCGAGGUGCUCGGGGCCUUGGUGGCCAUGGGGCAGAGCCAAGCGCUGCCGCUGGUCAUCGCCCUGUGUAAGCAGGCUGUGCGCCAUGUGCCCGUCUUCACCGACGCCCAGCUGGAUUCUGUGCUGUCCGCCCUCAUAUACUUUGGCCACAGCGACCACUUCCUAGUGCAGGCGCUGGAGCACCACGUCGCCAAGAACGCCUUCACGGCACAUCCGGAAACCGUCACCAAGGUGAUGCAGUACUUUGGCCGGCGCUGCAUCUGGUCGCCGGCCGUCUUCGACGCAGUUGCGGAGAGCUUCGUCUAUCGCGCCGACGACUACAGCACCAGCCAGGUGGCACGCCAACUGGAGGCUCUGGGGGUACUGGGAUAUGUGCCACCCAACGCAGGGCAGCUCUUCCGGAAGGUGGAGGCAUUGCUCCACGCGCGCUUCUCCCAGUUCCAGCCGUGGGUCCUCUUAGAGCUGCUGCACGCCUGCACGCUGCUGCAAAGGUUCCCCCUCAACUUCGUCUCCAAAGUAUUCAGCCCAUACUUCCUACAGCAGCUACAAGGAAAGGACUCUAGAAUGGACAGGAUCAGGCUGGCUCAGCUCACCCAACUCUACAUGACUGUGAAGCUAGAAUGCUCCUUUUAUAAUGGCCCUCAGCUUUUGCCCAAAUACCGUGUGAAGUCCUUCCUGAUGCCAGGACGAUCACUGGAGACACAAGUAGAUGCGCACCUCUAUAACUCUGUCAAGGCAGGGUUAGUGGAUUUGCUCGGGGCAAGAUCAUAUUUUGCCUCAAGGGUUCUAACUCCUUAUUGCUACACAUUAGAUGUGGAGAUCAAGUUGGAUGAGGAGGGAUAUGUGUUGCCAGCCAGUCACAUCGAUGAGAUCCACAAGAGGAUUGCGGUGUGCAUCAACGGGCCGAAGCGCUUUGCUGUGAACGCACAACAGCUGUUGGGUAGAGAAACCAUCAAACAGAGACACCUCAGGCUGCUGGGCUAUGAGGUAGCGGAGAUUCCAUAUUAUGAGUUUGAGAAGCUCACAGGCAAAACGGAGAUAGUGGAGUAUCUCCACAAGAAGAUCUUUCCUCUGAGCUACAGACUCAACUGGUGAACACAUGCAGGCUCAAACCCAUGAGGCUGCUGUGCCAGUCAGUAUUGCCCACGGACUCAAUGAAUGCAAUUAUGUUACUACAGUGUUUAUAAGUUAAACUUCUUACCAUUGUAGUGAUUUGCCUUGCACCAUAUUGUAAAUCACCCAACAUAAAGUACUUUCACUGACUUAAGUUAAACAGCUG